UUAACUCAGGAAAUUGUGUACUUGGUUUGAAAUAGCGAGGGGUUGCUGCAUGCAUCAUGCAUGUAUUUCUAGUAUAUAAAACUUGUUCAGAAUCACAAUUCGUGCGUAACUACGGUACUGUUUGCAGCUUCGAUUCGUUCGUUGACAAAUUGGAUCUCGUGAUACUAAAAUUCAUCCUAUCAGUACGGUAGUAUUUAAUUUAUUGUCAACUGAUAUGCACCGCCCUGAGUGUGACAGGGUCAAUUCGGAGUCACUUGACUCAUGUAAAAUCGUCUUAAACGAUAAACCUCGUGUAUCCUAUAUUCUAUAACACAUGCGACUGGAAUUUUCAGGGUUUGGGCGAGAAGUGUAUUUUUAAUGCAGUACUAUCUAAAGGCCAGGGAGGUUUUAUUAAAUUGGAGCUGUAUCAAAAGUACAUUCCUGAAUUUACGAAAUUUAGAAAGCAGUUCACAAACAUUGAAAUAGUGACUGCAGUGCAGUCCAGUUUUUAGUGGUGAUGGAUAACUAAUACCACUAAUUCACCAUUACUGAUUUUGAGUGCCUGACUGCAUAUUAUCUGCAGAGCACCACCACACCCCAUGAAUCCCUUUUUUUAACUCUCGUUUUCGAAGAUGCUAUGCGUGUUUAUUCAUCGGAUUUCGAACGUUGUUUACGCUAACUCGUACUGGGCCUUUUCUGUUGUUAAGUUUAACAAAUUGUUUCAACAAUGCUCAAUAUCACUAUGAGUGUGUACACCGUAAAAAGGUCAAAAGAUAAAGUACAAAUACAAUGUUUAUGGUACUUAUAAAUGACAUACAAGGUGAUGUACGUAUUAAUGUACUGUUGCUUUGUGAGAGUGAUUGCCGCGAACAAAUGACAUAAGUCACAACAUAGGCAACAAGAAUACGGCUUUAUCAUCAGACAGUUAGGUAUUUUUUAUGGCAGUGUUUAUACGCUCUCAUUCCUCGAUUGAUUUCGAAAGGUGUUUACGUCAUUUUUACGUCAAAAACAGACCCAAUAAAGAUUUGUUUGGCCUUCGCCCAAAUAUGGAACAUGAGCUGUUUAACUCGAUCGCUGGCUCUGGGUACGAGAUUGGUUUUGGCCAAUCACGAAACAGCAAAAAUCGUGACGUUUCCGUUUAUGUACCCGCCAGCUUCAUCUUGAAUUCCCUGUUGCCGGACUCGGCGAAUUGGGCAUGAAAAACAAUAAUACACCAAGAAACGACAACAAAAAACGCGAUUACUUUGGUGAAUUUUAAAACACUCUCUUUUAAGUAUCGUAAAAAUCUCCUUUGCCCCACAGUGAUGGGCAACACAACGGGAAAAAAGGGCGAUCCAGAGAAUGUCAAGCAAUUUUUAAGCCAAGCUAAGGAAGAAUUUACUACGAAAUGGGAAAAACCUGCACAGAAUACAGCUUGUCUCGAUGAUUUUGAACGACUUAAAACCCUCGGGACAGGCUCCUUUGGUCGGGUAAUGCUUGUUCAACGCAAAAAAUCUGGGAAGUUUUAUGCAAUAAAGAUUUUGGAUAAACAAAAGGUCGUAAAACUGAAACAAGUGGAACAUACUCUGAAUGAAAAGCGAAUCUUACAAGCUAUCAGCUUUCCCUUCCUGGUAAAUCUCGAGUGGAAUUUCAAGGAUAAUUCCUAUCUCUAUAUGGUAUUGGAGUUUGUUCCUGGUGGGGAGAUGUUUUCUCAUUUAAGGCGCAUUGGAAGAUUCAGUGAAGCACAUUCAAGGUUUUAUGCAUCUCAAAUAGUUCUAGCAUUUGAGUAUCUCCAUUCAUUAGAUCUUAUCUACAGAGAUUUAAAGCCUGAAAAUCUUCUUAUUGAUCAGCAAGGAUACUUGAAGAUAACUGAUUUUGGAUUUGCAAAAAGAGUUAAAGGAAGGACAUGGACACUGUGCGGUACCCCAGAGUACUUAGCACCAGAAAUCAUAUUAUCAAAGGGGUACAACAAAGCUGUGGAUUGGUGGGCAUUAGGUGUUUUAAUCUAUGAAAUGGCAGCUGGAUACCCACCAUUUUUUGCUGAUCAGCCAAUUCAGAUUUAUGAGAAGAUCGUUUCAGGAAAAGUGCGUUUCCCAUCUCACUUCACGUCGGAACUCAAAGACCUUCUGAAAAAUUUGCUUCAAGUGGAUUUGACGAAACGUUACGGCAAUUUAAAGAAUGGUGUAAAUGACAUUAGAAAUCACCGAUGGUUUGGUCCGACUGAUUGGAUCUUGAUCUAUCAGAAGAAGGUGGAAGCCCCGUUCAAGCCGAAAUGCAAAGGUCCUGGUGAUCCCAGUAAUUUUGAUGAUUACGAAGAGGAACAGUUACGAUUGUCAACAACAGAAAAAUGUGCUAAAGAAUUUGCCGAUUUUUAAAGAAGAACUUCCUUCAGAGACAACUGCGCUGUAGUCAGCGACUACAUUGCCUUUUAUUAUGGAGCUACACAAACCAGACUGGUGGAACUCCAUUCAAACGACUUUUAAUGAUUUUAGUCUGAAAUUUAACAAAACAUUGGUUCAUUAUUUAUUAAAAUCCCAAAGUUUUAAGUAUAUAUAGAGAGGUUAUAGCCAAAUAAGGACGUUCUAUUUGUACGAACUUUUAAAACAUGGCCUGUAAAUUAUUGUUAGGAUACAUUUAUGCGUAUCUCGUUGACCGAAAUCGUACAGAGUAUUAUAUGACGUCUUCUGUUAGUAACUGUGCGUUAAAGUAUUAGAGAAGUUGCAGUGAAAUAAAAGUUAUCUCUAAGUACUGUA